UUUGCGAAAACGUGAAUUUGUCCUCGCGGGAAAACCAAAAGCGGCUAUCUGUUUUUCUGCCCCUCACCGUGAAUGCAGACUGUUCUGCGACGCUUGCAUGUCAGGGAUGUGAUGCCAUUGGCUGGUCUCAACUGCUUUCGAAGAUGCUGCAUACGGUCUUUCUCCUCCCUUGCACUUGUACACCGUUCGCAUCAAACAGCCUCGUCGCGGAGCCUCGUAUUUCCAUGCGACACCCCUCGCCUCGCAUCAUGGAAAGCGCUGUUGAAGCUGAAGCCUAACCUAUCGAGUCCCGAGGGAAUCCCUGACAAUGAAGAGGAAGUAGCCAAGGCUGCCAUUUUAGAAAAGGUCAUGAAGGGGAGGCUCUCGACGGAUCUCAUGUUGCGCUGUACUAUCCUUGAUAAUGACGGCGCUGUUAAGAGCAUCUCCGGGCAGUUCAAAAGAUCAGACUUAUGCAAUGAACAUCGGUUAAACCCUCGUGACCUCCGCAAAAUUGAUUCACGAAUACCCAACCUCGUCCCCACCAUCUUAAUCCGCAAAGAGGCCAUUCUUAUAAACGUAUUGCAUAUUCGAGCCCUAGUUAAGGCGGAUACUGUCGUCCUGUUCGACACCUAUGGCUCCAACGAUUCCAGACUCCAUUCCGCCUUCCUAUAUCACCUUGAGCACAACCUCAAGGCCCGUGGUGGUGGUUCUCCCUACGAGUUCAGAGCAAUCGAAUCCAUCCUUCUAUCUGUCCUGAGUGCUCUUGAAGCCGAAAUGGUUUUUAUUCGUAACCUUGUUGGAGGGCUUUUAGCGGAGCUCGAAGAUGACAUAAACCAUGACAAGUUUAAACGAUUGCUUCAUUACUCUAGACGUCUUGCCAGCUUCAAAAAUCGCGCCAGACUCGUGCAAGACGCCCUCGAAGAAGUUUUGGAACAAGAUGAUGAUCUAAAUGCAAUGUACUUGACGGACAAGAAAAAGGGUAUCGCCCGGCAAAACCACGAGCACGACGAAUUGGAAGUUCUUCUGGAAUUCUUCUCGAAACAAGUCGAAGAGAUUGUCAACGAAGCAGAGAAUAUCGAGAGCAACGUUCAAUCUACGCAGGAAAUCGUGGAGCUUAUCUUGGACUCUAAUCGCAAUGCGCUCCUGGCGUUAGAUCUUAAGGUUUCCAUUUUGACCAUGGGUCUUGGCAGCGGGGCCCUUGUCGCGGGAUUAUUCGGGAUGAAUCUGCAAAGCCACCUGGAAGAAAUGCCUUAUGCAUUCGUGGCGAUGACUGUUGUUUCAGCUGCUAUUGCGGCUUUCGCAGCUUGGGGAGGGCUAUGGAGACUUGCCAAGAUACGGAAAGUGGGACUCACAAGUUCUCAAACGGCGAAGCGUGGAAGUGAUCCAAAAAGUCGGGCGCCCUGGAUACCUCUACCCCUACGCCGUCGAAAUUUCAAUGGUUGGUCGUGAGCCACUUUGCAAAAUUGGACCUCCUUUGUGCCCGUGUCCUAUACCCGGAAGUUUAAUUCUAGACAGCAAUGAAUUUCUCGUAAAUUGUAGGAUCAUUGUCGUGCAAUCCUCUGUCCUUAUCAUUAUGUCCUACUUCCCGACUAUAGCCAUACGUUUAUUCUUGUCCAUAGCGAUUAUCUGACCGUCGGGCUAAACUUAUCACCACCCGAUAUCAUAACUGAUCGUCUCCGUGGAUCCGUUGAUAUCCCCCUUGUGAUAUGAAAAUUUAUCACCC